AUGAUUGGUAUCGAUAACUAUCUCGCAGUUGGUUCAGUAAAGAGCGCUUGGGUCUCCCUCUAUAUUCUCUCUAUUGUUUGGGGUCUGCUCUACAUGAUCCGUCCUCUCUUUGACACAAGCUCUGACAUCUCUGAUAUGGAGACUGGAGACAAGCGAUCUGGAGGAUUCUUGUCCCGUAUUGGUAAAGCUUAUGAUGUUGUCAAGGACAACAUGCUCAUGCAGUUAUUCGCCUUGUCUCUCAAUGCCUUCGGUGCUGCAUCAACUAAAGCUUUGGCAAUUCUCUCCUGGAUCUUCUUUGCAUUGACUAUUUUCUAUGCUGUUGCUGUCAUGUUUAUCGAGCAAAAGAUGGUCCGUGCUGUGUUUGGUCUAAUUUUCUUUGUAUUGACCUUAAUCAUGACCUCCCUUGCUUUCAAACAUGGUUGGUAA